AUGGAAAAAUGGGAACCUUGCUCGUGUGUAACAAAAACAGAUGAAAACAACAUUAAUAGUGAAAAUAGUAUUAGUACAAAAGAUAUAUCAGUAAUGAAUUUGACUUCGGAUAGUUUGUCGAAGAUUGCAACUGAUCAGAAACUGGUGCAUUUGGACUUAAAAAAUGCUAAUGAAAACGGUGUUAUUAGUGAUAUAUCACGCUCUACGCAAACUGUUGAUAAACAAAUUAAUAUGAUGGUCAAUUUGAAUGAUUUGAAUUCGAUGAAAUUGGUGGAAAAUGGAUAUAUUAAUACAAGCAAGAUAGCAUAUAUUGAUGAGGAUGAAGUUGUGCCUGAUUCUUAUGAGUAUAAUUGA